AUGGAGAUCCCCUCCAGCAGUAACGCCAAUUGCUUUGAUUUUGCUUUAUAUGAUUAUCUGCAGUCGCAUCACAUCUCCUCCAGCACUAGCACUAGCUGCUUUGAUCUUGCUUUAGAUAUCCUAGCCGAGCUUGACGAAGAGCCCCUAUUUCGCUGGGACUCUGAUUACCUGAAGGAGAAUUUAAGAUUAAUGAAAACCUGUUUUCUGUAUGUCAAAAAGUGUAGGAGGAGGAGGAACCACAAAGCGCUUUUGGAGCAUGAUCACGAUGACAGGUAUAAUAUUAUGUCUGAAAAUUUGAGACGUAGUAUUAUUUGCUUCAGAAUUCAAGAUGUGGCUAUCAGUAUGAUUCAUGAUAUUCAGUCUGCUUAUGUUCAAUAUAUUCAUUCUGGUUACCGCUUAGAUUCUGCCAACAUUGAAAGUGCGAUUACCAGAUCCAAGGAAAAGAUCAAAAUGUUUCUUGAGACAGAUCUCAAGAAAUCAUGCGCCGCCAUCUUCAUCGACUAUUACUCACCAGGAGAUCCACGACUAGUUAUGGAUCUUAUUAUGUGCCUUUUCAAGACUCUGGAUUGGGUUUUACGUGUUGGGGAGCUAAGGGAUAUGAUUAUAAAUAGGCUAAAACUCUUAAGGAAUCUCAUUGGCUUUGUGACAAUGCAAGGUUUUGAAUGUGCGCAACUGACAGAUCUCUUGACUUACGCUGUAGUUGCACUUGGAUGCCUGAUUUCUAUAUGUCAGUUUGACAGUGAUGAUGAACAAGUGCUCAAUCGAAUGGAAUCUGAAAUUUAUCAGCUGAUACACGAGAAGUUCAAUCUUCUUGAUCUCCAAGUCCGAGAAACUUUUGUCCAUGUCCUGACAGCUUCAAAGAAACAACCAAGAUCAUCAUAUGAUUUAGCCCUUCAGAAGAAUGAGGAUCCAGUGGUAGGCCAGUUUAUUGGUUCUCUCCGUGAUUAUCUUAUGGAUCUACUACGAUCUUAUGCCAGUUUUCAGGUUCCAGUGAAGGGUCAAAUACUAAAACUCCUUGAGGAAAUAAGAUGCCUGGGUAUCCUUCUUAAACAGGAGGAGAAACUAGGUGAUGAAAUAAAGGAUCUUAUUGGAGUUGUGGUCUCUGAUGCAGGAAUUUUGACCUUCCCCCUUUCUGGCAAUGAAAUCAAGGAAGGCUUGCCUGAGGAAACAGAUCUUGGGGUGUUUCAUUUGCACAAAGUUCUCAAAUAUAUGGUGGCAGAGGUUGCACACAAUUAUCCACUAAAAUCACCAUAUUCAUCAUUUAAUUAUCCUAUAUCCAAUGAGUUGGGCUGUAUGGAUUUUUUCCUAGAAAAUCUCAAGGAACUAGCAAGGUGUGAUGAGGCUGAAGAUUCAAUUGGUUUUCAACAGGAUAGAAUCCAAAUGAUCCAAAAAGAUCUCGUAUUCUUAAGAUCUUUCCUGGAAAAUAUCAAGGAGCAACGCCAUCAGAAUGGAAAACUUCAAGCCUUCUGGAGUCAUGUUAUGGAGGCUGCAUACAAGGCAGAGUUACUGAUUGACUUGGCAUUUGUUAGUGAUAAAUGUGAAGAUUCUUUGGAUGCCGUUUCUAGAGAUAUCAAUCUUUUGAAGAUUAAGGCCCCAGAGAUCCAUAAUGGUCAAACCCAAAGAGUUAACAAGACUUCCAUUCACACACCAUCGCAAUUUAUUGUCACCAUGCAUGACGAAGAUCUGGUAGGUCUUGACGACGAGGUGGAAACUAUUACUCAUCGGCUUACGAGAGGAUCAAAGCAAUUGGAUGUUGUUCCCAUUGUGGGUAUGUCUGGCCUUGGGAAGACCACAUUAGCCAAUAAAGUUUAUACUGCUCCUUCAGUUAGGUCACAUUUCCAUGUUUGUGGUUGGUGUCGUGUUUCUCAAACAUAUAGCAUACGCAGUAUGUUAGUUGAGCUUUUGUGUAGUAGUUCUUCUGAGAGUUCUGAUGGAUAUCUAAAGAUGGAUGAAAAUGAUUUGGUCGUGAAGCUAAGGCAGGUUUUGUUGAGAAGUAGGUAUCUCCUUGUUUUGGAUGACUUGUGGGACGUUGAGGCAUGGAAUUUGUUGGAAAAAUCGCUGCCGAAUGAUGCCAAUGGAAGCAGGAUUCUCUUCACCAGUAGAUACCAGGAUUUAUCUUUGCAUUUCGAACCUAAUAGCGAGCCUCACCAUCUCCGCCAUCUUACUGACGAAGAGAGUUGGAAAUUGCUGCAGAGAAAGCUAUUUGGCACGGAAGAUUGUCCUGCAACACUAAGUGAAGUUGGAUCUCAAAUAGCAAAACUUUGUCAGGGCUUACCCCUUGCAGUUGUUCUUGUUGCUGGAAUUCUUGCUACUACUACACAAGAUAGUUGGGAAGAAGUUGCAAAAAGUCUAAGUUCUAUUGUCCUUGAGGAUGAAUACUGCAAGAAGACACUUGAGCUAAGUUAUAGUCAUUUACCAAAUUAUUUGAAGCCAUGCCUUCUGUACUUUGGUGCAUUUCAAGAAGAUGAGGUUAUUAAUGUGCAAAGGUUGUUAUGGCUUUGGAUCGCUGAAAGAUUCGUGCAACAGGCUGGAGGAAAGAGCUUAGAGGAAGCAGCUUAUGACUGCUUGAUGGCUCUAAUUAAUAGAAGUUUAGUUAUGGUUAUCAGACAAAGAAUUGUGGGUGGUGCCAAAGCCUGUCUACUUCACGAUUUGGUACACGAGUUUUGUGUGGAAAAAGCCAAAGAAGAAAGUUUUCUUUACGUUAUUCAUAGUUGGAAAGCCCCUCUUAGUCUCACUGGGCCAAGCAACCCCUACCGAGUUUGUGUUUCCAAUACCAGAGAAUCGAAGAUUUGGGAGUUAAUGCUUAUUUUUCCCAAUUUACGCUCCUUGAUCUUGUUUGGACAUGUUCAUAUUACACAUAAAGACGAGGAUUUGGGUAUUUUGUUACCUAAACUUCUCAGAGUGUUGGAUUUUGGGAAUUUGGACUUUCGUUAUUCUUUUCCAAUGGAAGUAGUAUUGCUUGUUCACUUGAGAUACCUGGCACUCACAGGAAUAACAUACAUCCCAUCUGCGAUAGCCAACCUCUCAAGGUUAGAAACUCUUAUUGUAAAAUAUCCGCGUUUUGGUAUUGAGCUGCCAAGUACUAUUUGGAACAUUAAGACAUUGAGUCAUCUACGUGUUUUAAAUUAUGAUGGAGAAUGGCCAAUGGGCUUUAUUUUUCCAGUUGAAAAUCUUGAAGAAUCCCCAGAUUUAGAUCAUUUAGACACUUUAGACCUUACAAUUGAUCCCUCCCCUCAAAGCUUGCAAAAGAUACUGAGAAAGUUACCAAGCAUUCGCAGGUUAAAAUGUAUGGAACGCGCGGACGAAUCAAGAGAAGCUACCAGAAAUUGCGACGAUAUUCUUGAAUUUGACAGUUUGAGUCAACUAGAAUCACUUCAUUUGUUUCGUUUUCGUGGAUGUGGAUUUAAAUUCCCGUUGAAUUUGAAAAAGUUGACUCUCUUGUAUAAUCGUCAGCCAUGGAGUGAAAUUUCAACAAUUGGAAAGUUGCCCAAUCUUGAAGUGCUUAAAUUACUUGAUCGCUGCUUUGCUGGGGAGGAAUGGGUAAUGAAACAAGGGGAAUUCCCUAAACUCCGAGUAUUAAAAUUGUCAAGGUUGAAAUUUCGCAACUGGACUGCAUUUUCUGAUAAUUUUUCCCGCCUUGAGAAAUUGGCCUUGCACCGAUGUCAGAAGCUGGAAAAGGUCCCUUCCUGUUUAGGGGAGUGUGAGACUCUUGAAAUGAUUGAGGUGGAAGAGUGUAAUGAGUCUGUUGUAGAUUCCGUAAAGCAAAUUCAACAAGAACAGAAAGAUAUGGGAAAUGAGGUUCUAAAGAUCGAAAUUGAUAAUUAUGGUGAUAUAUCCAUUUCCUCAGAAGAAGAGUCUACAGAAGCAGAGUCAACUCCCUCAGAAGCAGAGGAGAUUUCUUCAGAAAGAGGGUCUAUAUAUCUAUAUAUAUAGUUCCUCUCAUCACGCAGUUGACAAUUGUGAGAGUGAAUGUACAGUGGGAUUCCACUCAUCAGAGUAGAUUUCCUCGGAAGGAGAGUCCAUUUCUUCUCAUCAUCACAUUAGCCAAAUGGUGAAGACUGAAGCAUUUAUGUCUCUCCUUGAUUUGGUGCGAUCAUUCCACUCAUCAGGGGCAAGCACAGUCAUGCAUUCUAUCAAGCCAACAUUAUCCAUCAUAAUCUGUUUGUAAAAUGUUCCUUUCUGGUUUGAUGUUUAAUAAUUUAUACUUUACGAUCCAUCAUAAUUUGUUUGUAAAAUGUUCUUUUCUGGUUUGAUGUUUAAUAGUGUUCACGAUCCCAAUUUUUCAAAUAUUCUUCAAUCCCGCUACAGAUUGAAAUGAUCCUUAAAACUAGCUGUUUGUAGAAUGUUCUCCAUGUUCUUUCUGAUUUGAGGUUUAAUAGUGUUCAUGAUUCAAAUCAUUUAUAUGGCAAUUGGAAUUAAAAAGACGUACAUGAUAUACCUGACAGCAUGUCCAUGUUAAUUCAGUUCAAUGAUAUAACUCAUGUCCCUUCUUCAUCUGUACCAAAUUAUUUGGUUUGAACCUGAUGCAGCAGUAUUACUUGUCAUUGCAGGGGCAAGCACAGUCAUGCAUUCUAUCAAGCCAAUAUUAUCCAUCAUAAUCUGUUUGUAAAACUAGCUGUUUGUAACUCUCUGUUUAAAGCACAGUCAUGGUUUGAUGUUUAAUAGUGUUUACGAUCCAUCACAAUCUGUUUGUAAAAUAUUCUCCAAGUUCUUUCCUGAUUUUGAUGUUUAAUAGUUUUCAUGAUCCCAAUUUUUUCAAAUAUUCUUCAAUCCUGCUACAGAUUGAAAUGAUCCUUAAAACUAGCUGUUUGUAGAAUGUUCUCCAUGUUC